AUGAAUGGUUUUCCAUUUUUUUGGUGUCUAACCUUAAUUUUGUACUGAUAUUCCAGAUAAAAGUACUUCUUAUUAACAUGUCUUUAAUGAUUAUUCGAACUUUUCUAAAAUAUGGUCAGCUAGUUGCCGAUAAUUUUACGUUAAAUGUGAGAUUUGUGGCAUCUUCAAACUUGCUCAAAAAUCAAACGACCGCCGCAAAUGAAAAAGAAUCCGUUGAAAAGCCUCCAGCUACCCCUUCAUCAUGCACUUCACCUGUUAAUGAAGAACUUGAUAGUCUUAAUAAACAGCUACUUGAACUUAAGGAGAAGAACAGUGAUCUACUAGAUAAAUAUAAAAGGGCCUUAGCUGAUGGUGAAAAUUUGCGUACAAGAUUGACAAAGCAAAUAGAAGAUGCAAGGAUUUAUGGAAUACAGAACUUUUGCAAGGAUUUAUUGGAUGUGGCUGAUGUUCUAAAUAAAGCAACAGAAAGUGUUCCCAAGGAAGAACUAUCAGAAAAAAAUCCUCAUUUAAAAAGUCUAUAUGAAGGUCUAAUAAUGACAGAAGCACAAUUACAAACAGUUUUUAAAAGACACGGUCUUGAACCUGUUAACCCACUUAAUGAGAAGUUUGAUCCUAACCUACACGAGGCACUAUUUCAGCAAGAGGUACAAGGGAAAGAAGCUGGAUUUGUGGUUGUGGUAUCUAAAAUUGGUUACAAAUUACAUGACAGAGUAAUUAGACCAGCGCUAGUUGGGGUAUCAAAAUAAUUUUAUUUUAUAUUGCAUCUUUUUUGUGUACAUUUUGUUAUCAUUUCUAGUUGUUGGACUUUGUAGCUAAUAAAAACUCCAUUUUAUGAAAGAAA